AUGGGCUCCAUCGGAAACGUACGAUGCCCAUUACCAAGAUGUGUGCAAUCAAUGCAUGCUCCAUCGGUUAUGCAGGAGGAGAUGAUAUUAUCUACAGUUGCUGAUCCUUCUCACGAAUCCUAUUUUGAAACCUACCAUUUCAGCGCCCUCGGGAUUUUGAACCCAGACCAGCUCAAUGAUGCGAUUCACGCAUUAGCCACGAAGCAUGCGGUGCUGCGAUCCGUCUUUGUCUAUGGAGACCAACUGGGCUCAAAAAAUGUGCAGAUUGCGGUGCUACACCAGGAAAACGUCCUCCAGCGAGCGAAGCUACUAAGCGUGCAGCCGAUAGAAGAGGAGGUUAGAUUUGGUAUUCUUCAAAUGGAAGUCAUAGGGGCAGAUGAGUGGGAUGGCGUUAUGCCGUGGAAGUUCUCAUUGUCUAUCUGCCAGCGAGAACAAAAGUCUUAUAUCACUUUUCGGUACCAUCAUGCUCUGCUUGAUGGUUGGUCGGCGAGGGCUCUUCUAGAACUGGUCCAGCAGGAGAUGCGGAUACCGGGGGCUGUGUUGAAGGGGUCCGAUUUCUUUUCUCUAGUACAGCAGCCACUGAAGCGCGAAUGGCAGCAGGAUGAGACGCUACUCCGCGAACGACUGGGCCAGAUUGAGACAUCGCCCAUACUCAGCCCUGGGCCAGUUCCAAAUGGCGUUCUAAGGGUGGGGGAGGUGACCCGUGCGGUUUCUAUCAGUUCUGGUAUCUCUUUACCGGAUAGACCAGCUGUUGCCGCACGGCUUCUUCGUCUCGCUCUUGGCAUGACGAUGUGUGUUUUUAGGAAUAGUGAUGACGCCUUGUUCCUGGAAAUCACUUCCGCCCGAAGCCGACUCUUCCUUUCGGACCAGCAUGUGUUGGGACCAGUAUUGGCCCCGCAAGUGCGGAAUAUUCACUUGAUGGAACAGACGACGCUCGGAGAAUGUGCCCAGCUCUUGCGCUCAUCCCACGACCCCCAGCAUAACUUCAGUGUUAGCCAGCUGAAGUCUUUUCUAUCCGAGAGCAGCAGGGACUUUGACGUCUGCCUCGUCUGCCAAACUAAUGAGUCAUAUCCUUCAAAUGGUGUCGGUGACUGGGAGUGGAUAAAGGGGGAAGCACAGAACGACCUGCCUUUUAUUGUAGAAGUUUUACCCCCCAGAGAGGGAGAAUUUUCUGCCAAGAUACGAUACCAUCAGCACCGGUUCGAGGACCAAUUUGCAUCUUCUUUUCUUGAAUUCUUUUGCCAAACCUUAACGUGGAUGCAAGCCACCGGUGAUAGCAUUGACUACCGGACAUUUGCCGCAGCUGUAUCGGAAAUAUGUCGUGAGGGGGGCUACAAACAACGUUACCUGGCGUUGAACCCUAGAGACGCCCCCGACGACCCUGUCAGUGCGCACGACCUGAUUGAACAAGCCGCUAGCAAGUGGCCCAGCAAGAUCGCCUUGGAAGCGGAGCAUAGUCAGUUUAUGACAUACGCGGAGCUUGCGGAGGCGAGUGGUAUGGCGGCCAAUGGCCUGCGGUAUUGCCUUCCCCGUGACCAGGAGAACCAGCCACUUGUCCCCAUCUGCUUUGACAAAGGUGUAGAUAUGGUGGUUGCCAUGCUGGCUGUGCUCAAAGCGGGCGGUGCGUACGUGCCAUUAGAUCCUUCUCAGCCCAGGGAUCGCCUUGUGAGUAUCUUAACCGCCUGUCGUGCCACUGUGAUCAUUGCAGACCAGACAGAUCUUCAGGAUAUUCUGCAUUCAACAUGCAGUGAGCUAGGUAUCCUGGUGACAUCUAUUGAGAGCCUUUCCGAGCAUGGCAAGUCCGCCGAUGAAUCGCCUGGGUCCAAGCACCCACCUUCAUCGUCUCUGGCAUAUGUCCUAUUCACAUCUGGGUCUACAGGUACUCCAAAAGGGGUCAUGGUGGAGCACCGAAAUCUCGUUGCAUUCAUGAAAGCCGGAGAGGGUAAUGCGGAUGGUACAUGGACAUCCACCCGAUUACAGCUGGCCGCGUACAGUUUUGACGCAUCCAUCGGAGAUAUCUUUGCCAACCUCUACCACGGUGGCCGUCUCGCUCUGGUGCAGCGCAACAAGAUGCUUUCCAAUUUGAAUUACUGGCUGGAGGAGAUGUUAAUUACCCAUCUCGCAUUAACUCCAACGAUUGGUGAUCUUAUAGUUUCGCAUCUACCUCCCCGGUUGCAGACGCUUAUGUUCGGUGGUGAGCCUUUCCACCAAAGCCUUCUGGCGCAGGUACCAGCUGAAGCACGAAUCUGGAAUACCUGUGGUCCUACGGAAACAGUUGUGGAUGUUGCCUGCUGUAUACUCCAGAAGGACAACACAGAUGUACCCAUUGGUCGACCCUUCGGCCAGUGCCAAAUCUAUAUAUUACGGCGUGGAAGUAGUGAUACCGCCGUCCCUCCAAAUGCGAUCGGAGAAAUAUGUGUCGCUGGUCCUCAGGUUUCACGCGGCUAUCUCGGGCGACCCGAUCUGACCAACCUUGGGUUUGUCACGGAUCCCUUUCAUCCAUCGCAAAGGAUGUAUCGCACUGGCGAUUUGGGACGCCUCAAUCAUCGAGGCAUGCUAGAACAUCUCGGUCGAGCAGAUGGCCAGAUUAAGCUGCGCGGAUUGCGAGUAGAAACAGGUGAAGUAGAGGUGACAAUCAAGCAGUCCUCUUCUCUCGUCGCACGGGUAUCUGUCAGUGUGGACCACCUCAAGGGUUACGAUCGCAAGGCGCUCACUGCUUGGAUAGUUCCAGAAGCCGGUAAAAGUGCGCAAGACAUCGAAAUUGCGUGGAGAGAAGAGAUAAUACCUUGUUGCCAACGACGACUGGUACCUUACAUGAUUCCAGAAGUGUGGAUCAUGGUUUCACAUCUUCCCCUUACAAUUAGCGGCAAGUUGAACCGGGGCACUCUAUCUUCGUGGGUGGAUCUUGUUGCAACAGGUGCUACCCACGAAGGUCUCUAUGUAAUAGCGGCGCCAUGGAAAACACGAGAAAUGACAAAGCGGCUGCCAACAAGCCCAGCGGAAAGGCUGAUAGUAGCAACCUGCGCGAACGUACUGGGCACAACAAUCCAUGAUGUAUCCGUGGAUUCUACUUUUAUAUCACUUGGUGGCAACUCUCUCUUGGCAAUGCGUCUUUUGUCCGCAUUGCGACAAGAAGGGAUGAAUUGUUCCUUACGGGACCUGCUUGGCUCCAUGACUCUGGGUGAUGUAGCAGACGCUAUGUCUUUGUCUAGUAUUCCCGAAAAGAAGAUCACGAAGGCGCUUUAUCAGAAAGACAGUUGGGAAGAGAUCGUUGCGGAUUCCAGAAUUGCCGUCGACACGAUCGAGGCGAUUUAUCCAUGCACUCCCCAGCAAGAAGGCCUUAUCCAGAGUAGCCUUCACGGAGAAAAGUCCGCUUACUUUGCCACUAUUACCGUACAUCUAGGAAAUACCACAAACCUGAGCACAUUCGACGCAGCCUGGAAAGGAUUGGUAUAUGGUUGUGACAUGUUGAGGACCGCGUUUGUAUCAUCCUCGGAACUCAGACAUCCCCCAGUCAGUGAAUCAAACAUCCUUCAGGUUGUUCUGAAUCAAUCCGCAGAGGAUGUGGAACGGGUGGUUAGCCUCGAUAACAAAGAUAUCGAGUUCCAAUUCGGAGUAGUGCCUCUCUCAGCGGGAAUUAGCCGGGGGUCUGGUAAUGAGCCUUUGAAGUUACGUCUCAAGAUACAUCAUGUUUUAUAUGAUGAAGCAUUCCUCUCUAGAAUCCUGGCGGAGCUUUCCAUUAAGUACGAAGCACUGGAAAUGGGAAGCCCUGAGAUAGCCCUGCCCCCCAGCCGCCCGUUCUCCGCUUUUGUGGAGUCCCUUUGCAAUGAUGACCCAGAGGUAUCGAAGGGAUUCUGGAAGGACUACAUGCACGAUGCGGUCCCCGCCACAUGGCCCGUCGCAAGGGGAAUUCGCAGAACGCGAGAGGAAAAUAGCCAAGACGUAGAGAUGAGUGUAUCCAAAUCGUGGACGGGAAAUGCUAUUGCUUUGGGCCAGAAAUUCCAAGCAACCCCUGCAUCAAUUGUGCGUGCUGCAUUGGCCCUAGCACUGGCACAAUACUCCCAGGCGGAUGACGUGGUGUUUGGGGAAGUGUCCAGUGGCCGGUUUGAUCAUGAUCGUUUCACCCUUGGACCCUGCCUCGCCACGCAUCCUGUCCGCAUCCAGAUUGAUCGCAAAUCGCCGUCCGCAAUGCUUAAUCUCGUGACUCAGGCCCUGGAAACAUAUCUAGUUACAACACCACAUCAACAAUAUGGACUAGCUAAUAUCCAUCGACAGAUGGCUGACCCAGAGCUGAUGGCCUUCCAGGUUCUAUUUGCUCACCAGGAAGCGUUUGUAGAGUAUACCGCUGCUGGUCGUUUCCAUGUGGAGUCGGCUAGGUUGCAAAAUCUUGGAUUUCCUCUUAUACUGGAAUCGAGGUGCGCUAGAACAACAGGUGAACUGGCGCUGGAAUGCACCUUUGACCAGCGAUACCUCGGGGAUCAGGACGUUGGUUGGUUUCUGCGAUCUAUAUGUCGCACACUGGACAUGUUCUCAGCCACUGCUCGGGAUGGAUUCUCAGAUCUGAAGCUCACAGCAGAGGUCGUGGAUGAGGAGAUGAGACGAGCUAUCGAGAAAUGGUCCACAAAGCGGACUCCAUUUCGCUUAACGUCGACGAGAAAUGCAAAACUCUGUGCCCAUGAGCUUUUCGAAAUUCAGGCCGGUAUCACCCCGCACAAGAUCGCCAUUCAAGUGAACCAAUCCGAAUUCAUUACAUAUAAUGAGCUGAAUAAGCGAUGCAAUGAGAUGUCCAAUGCGCUGGUCAACUGGUUCGACAGCCUGGGGCUUGAGCAAUCACGGGAUCAACAGAUUGUUCCCCUCUGCUUCAGCAAUACCAUCGACAUGGUCAUUGCCAUGAUUGCUGUAUUGAAGGCAGGUGCAGCAUAUCUACCAAUAGAUCAGAAUCACCCACAAGAUCGCAUCCAGCAAAUCCUCUCCCUGUCAGGUGCAAGAGUGAUGUUGGCCGAUGGUGGAGCUGAAACGUUGGAAAAGCUCCAGGCCGCCAGCAAGCAGGCCAGCCCUACCCCGGCAUCUCUGGCGUAUGUGAUCUUCACAUCUGGAUCGACUGGAAAGCCCAAAGGGGUGAUGGUCGAACACGGCAAUCUAGCGGCUUUCAUGCAAGCAAAUGAACCGGAGGCGGUAGGAGCUUGGACAUCAGUGAGGCUGCAGCUGGCGACAGCUACUUUUGAUGCAGCAACAGGGGAAACCUUUGGCACGUUAGGAUGUGGUGGUCGGCUAAUCCUCGGGCAGACCCAUGAAGUUCUCGCCGCUCUGCCGGACUGGCUGGAAAGAACCAACAUAACCCACCUCUUCGUCACGCCUCGCGUGGCGGCAAACUUCUUGACGGAUAUUGACCCUCCAUACCUCCGUACUCUUCAUAUUGGCGGGGAGGCCUUUGAUCCCAGCAUCUUACCACGCAUGCCCCCAGGGUGUGACGUUUAUAACGUGUUUGGUCCAACAGAGACCACGAUAUAUGCAACACACUAUAAAAUUCGCAAAGGAGAUGGACAUCGUCGCAACAUUCCAAUUGGCUAUCCCUUUGGGGGAUGUCGACUGUACAUUCUCAACCCAGAGACCUUAGAACAGGUUCCCGUUGGUGUGAUAGGAGAAAUUUGCAUAGGAGGACCUCAAGUCACAAGAGGCUACCACGGUCGGCCAGACCUGACGUCUCGGUCUUUUCUUAGUGACCCUCAAGUUGUCGGCGAACGCCUGUACCGGAGUGGAGAUCUUGGGCGAUUUUCUGGAGAUGGAUCAAUAGAACACCAUGGCCGAAUUGAUAGUCAGAUCAAGUUGCGUGGUUUACGAAUUGAAGUAUCUGAGAUCGAGUCAGUAUGCCUCGAGCAUGCACUAGCCACCGCUUGUACGGUAAUUGUACUUGAUCGAUAUGAGAAUCAGGUCCUCGUUGCCUUUAUCCAAAGUGAGAAGGACCAGCAGACAAGCCUUUAUUCGCAGGACUGGGCCGAAACAGAGUCUAUACUUCAUCGCCAUCUGGAGAGCCGCUUGCCGAGCUACAUGGUCCCCUCUCGUUUGGUUCACAUCGAAGCCAUGCCCCUAACUACUAGCGGGAAGGUCGACCGGCGACAACUUGCUGCUCGAGCAGAGAUGAUGGAUCAGGCCGGGGAAUUAUUUUUGAGUCAGCAUACAAACCAUGCUGAAAGCUGGGAGAAAGGUAGUAUUGAAGCAAAAAUUGCUGACGCAUGGGUGCAGGUUCUUGGGAUCGAUAGGGCUAACAUCACUCCGAAUGUUGCGUUUUCUCGUCUUGGGGGUGACUCUAUUCGCGCCAUUCACCUGCUUUCGUUACUGCGUAAAGCUGGGCUGAAGCUGAAUAUGACUGACGUAAAUAACGCAUCCACGAUCUGUUCACAGGCAAAAUGUGCGACCUCCCACACCGUCGCAGCCAAAAGGAGCGCGGAAGACGCAACAGACAUUGAUGCGCAUACCGGACCGGUACCACUAGGCCCAAUUGCUGGAAGAUAUGCUGGCAUCCAGUUGAAGUAUGCUUCCCAAUGGGGAGAACAGGUCAUCGAUCAUUUUAACCAGUCGGUACUGCUAGACGUGACCGCAGUCUCCCCAUUACGGCUUCAGCUCGCCUUACAACGUCUUCGCAAUCACCAUGAUGCUUUGCGCGCAAUAGUACAUUGGAGCUUAGAUCUUCCCGUAGAGGAGUGGUCAAUAAGGGUACUUCCUUGCUCGGAAGUUAAGCCUCUAGUCCUGGAUAGCCCGCGGACACUUGCAAUAGAAGCUCUAAGAGAUCAAAUUCAGCACCGACUAACUGGACUAGAUAUCCGACGAGGGAAGGUAAUGGAUGCCGAACUAUAUCGUCUGGAUGGUGAUAGUCGUGUGUUCCUGUUUUGGACCGUUCAUCAUUUCGUGGUUGACAUUGUUUCCUGGCAAAUUCUUCGUGAUGAUCUAAACGUCUUGGUACGGGCAAAGGAGGAACCAGGAUCUAUCGCUCUGCAGCCUGCCACUAUGAGCUUCCUCGCGUGGACGCGGGAAGGCCAGAUUCAGAGUCAAAAUGGGUCGCUAAGCACAGGUAAUACCCCAGAGGGACCUGAAAACUCUCUAUCCUCAUUUGCCUCUGAUCGAGUACCCUUGUGGGUUCGCCAGCCGGAGCUGGUUCCAGUUAACCCAGUAAAUCGGACUACAACAUUUGCUAGUUUAAAUCCAAGCAUUACGGUACAGCUUCUUGGCCGUUCGAACAAUGUACUUUCCACGGAGCCUCUCGAUCUACUACUAGCAGGGCUAGCCAUGACGAUAUCCAAGCACUUCGCAGGCACCGUUGACCACCUUAUAGUUGGAUUGGAAACACAUGGUCGACAAACCGGAACAAACACUGCCGAUCUUUCUCGAUCAAUAGGUUGGUUCACCGCAAUUAUACCUAUGAUCCUGGAUUGUAGAUGUGAGCUAUCAUCUAUCGAGUCAGUGGUGCGUCGGGCCAAAGAUCAGCGUCGCCUAUUGACGGAAAACGACCAAGGGUUUCGUCAUUUCGUAGCUUCUCGUUGGAGUACAGGCAACACAUCCAAAAAUGAGAUAAUGCCGCUGAUCUUCAACUACCAGGGGGUCAGACCAGACCCUCAUGGUCAUGAUGAAAUGAUGUUACAUCCGGUCCAAGUUCCAGGCUUGCGCUGGAUAGAGACUUGUCCACAUGCCGUGCCUCUGUCGCAUGCCGGAUUUGAGCUGUACGUGCAUGACGGGCAAGCUUAUAUUGAGGCUACAUGGCCGUCAGAUGGUGAGAUGGACCAGAAGGAUGUCGCUGCACUCCUGGGCCAAGAAAUAACAAACAUCUGCCAGUAUCUCGCUGAAAGAGAUCUCUUUGGCAAGACAUCAAUCAGUGCGUCAUCGACGUCAGCGUUCGGAUUACUGCCAAACGACUGCUUCGAUCGUGUGUUUCACCUUUACCGAGAAGAUACACUGGAGGAUAUAAUCCCGUGUACCCCAAUGCAACGGGCCCUUCUUUACGAAGGCAUUGCUGACCAUGAAUCACGAUCGUAUGUUACCAGCCGUGUCUGGCGCAUACCCACAGAUCAAGCAAUAUGCUCCCAGAUCGAGGACGCCAUCAAAAGUCUGAUACAGCGACAUGGGGUAUUGCGGACUGUUUUCCAUAUCGACCCUGAGGUAGGGCCACUGGCCCUGGUUUUGCGUGACACGCAAAGCCCGGCCGUUAGCGCGGUCGGUCAAGUGGAGGUCAGAAAUCAUACGGAGUUGGAGGAAAUGGUCACAAAUAUGUUAUACAACCCUGAGUUUGGAAAUCCAAUGAAGCAAGCGUUCUACGUUCGAGUAGUGCGCGCCACUGAUGGUUCCGCGGCAAAACUAAUCUGGUUACUACACCACAGCCUUAUUGACGCCUGGAGCCAAGAUCUUCUUUUCAGCGAGCUGACCCAGAUUCUUGUGAAUGGUUGUCCAAGCGAAUCUUUGACGCCGCGGCCUUCGUUUGGCUCAUUUGCCCGUUAUGUGGCUUCAAAUAGUCUUACAGACCAUAGCCACAGGAAGUUCUGGUCGGAGACCUUGAAUGGAGUACAACCUAUAUCUCUCCCCCUCUCCUUGAUGUCCUCAAGGCCUAUGGAUUCCAAUGCCGUGGUUGUUGAGCAGGCCUGUAACCUAGCCAACUUAUCUGAAAAUUGUAUAUCGCCUGCAGCACUGGUGUCACUGGCGUGGAGCCUUGUCCUCUCGGAGAUCCUUGACACCGACGAUGUUACUCACGGAAUGCUAUUCUCAGGGCGACAGCUUCCACUUGAUGGUGUGGUAGAUAUAAUCGGCCCCUGUAUCAGUACCGUCCCCAUUCGUAACCAUAUAAGCCGACACGGUAGGGUCCUGGAUCUUCUGCAAUCGACGGAGGCUGCAAUUCGCUUGGCUGGCUUACACAGUAUGAUUGGCGUCGACGGCGUGGCUCGAGCAACUGGAAUUGAGGCCCCGGCCUUAGUGAAUACGCUUCUUAAUUUCUUUGGUGUUCGAACAGACGUGCUCGAGCAUGAUAGCUUAAAUUCAAUACUUCAACUAGACAGUGUUGACGAUGGACUGCCACCCUCCAUUACGCUGUCGUGCUGGCAGCGGGAGAUAGAGGCUAAUGUUAUAGUGGUGCGUCUAGAGCGUCGACAUCCUUUGCAGACAGGAAUUGCACAGUGCCUGAUGGAGCGCAUGGCCUGGUACUGCCAUGCAUUGUCAUACCAGACGGAUAGGAAACUAGACAGUGUUUCAUCGAUCACUUCCAAUGAAGACCAACUACUCACCCAAUGGAGCCAGCCCAUCGAUUCGCGGCCAUCUGACCCGUAUCCUUGCAUCCACGAUCUCAUUACGAGAUGGGCAGCAGAGGUGCCAGAAAAGGUGGCGAUUCAGGUCGCGGAAUCCCAGUUCGUGACAUACGGCGAGAUAGAAACGAAGUCCACAGCUAUUGCUAGAGUGAUACAACGGCUUAUUGAUCAGCGGUCUGCAUCUACUCCGCCACUGAUCCCAAUCUGCUGCGACCGGGGUGUCGACAUGGUGAUCGCGAUUCUUGCCGUACUGAAGGCUGGAGCGGCAUAUGUACCGCUGAAUAUUUCUGAUCCAGAGGGCAGGCUAGAAGCUAUUUUGCGUCAAGCUGGGUCUACAAUAAUCAUCGACGGUUUACUUGGCAAGGAUAGUCGUCGCAAACUUCAUGCGCUUGGUGACCGCACGUCGACCUCGGUAUACACCGUCGAUGGCCUCUCUAAAAUGCCUGCCUUCGAGGGUGCCCUUCGUGAAGUUCACUCUGGGUCGCUCGCGUACGUUCUGUUCACCUCCGGGUCAACAGGGGAGCCCAAGGGGGUGAUGAUUGAGCACCGCAAUGUUACAUCAUUCAUAAGCACACAGCACAAUGAGAUCAUUGGCAGGUGGACCAGUUGUCGUAUGCCAGUGGCCGCAUAUACAUUUGAUGUGUCGAUGGCGGACGUUUUGAUAAGUCUGUCUAUCGGUGCUCGCAUAGCUUUUGUGGAGAGCGAGAAGAUGUUUGCCUCCCUACCAUUCUGGGCAGACCAGAUGCUAGCCACUACUUUGUCCAUGACCCCAACACUGGCCACUCUUCUCACCAGAAGGCUUCCACCACUUGUAGCGGUGCUGAUACUAGCAGGAGAGGUUUUCGAUCCAAAUGUCAUGAAAACACUCCCCCCUGAAUGUCGUGUUUGGAAUGGAUACGGCCCUACAGAAACUUUCUAUGCAUCUUUUCACCCUGUGGAUGCAAAGGAAACGCACGCCCAGGUGCCCAUAGGAAGGCCGUUUGGUGGUAAUCAAAUCUAUAUUCUUCGACCAGGCAGUAACGACCGUCAGCCCGUAGGAGCAAUUGGCGAGAUCUGCAUCGGCGGGACUCAGGUUGCCCGGGGAUAUCUUGGACAAGACGAUUUAACAAAUCUAUCAUUCACACAAAGUCCAUACAACGGCGAGACGGUGCUAUACAGAACAGGCGACUUAGGGCGAUUCAUGGAUGGAGGUGUGAUGGAAUACUUGGGGCGGAUGGACGACCAAAUUAAAAUCAGGGGUCAGCGAGCCGAGCCUGCAGAGAUUGAGUCAGUGGUCCAUGCUGCCUCACGUCACGUAGCCCAUGCCAUUGUUGACCUUUAUCACCCGAAGCGGGAAGGUGGGCUAUCGCGCCUGAUUGCGUUCAUCUCAACAAAGGAUACAGUGCCUCCUGGCAUUUGCAAAACGUUCCUCCAAGAAGAGCUUGAGCCCUCUUGUCGAAAUCAGCUUCCAGCUCAUAUGAUCCCAUCCACAUGGGUUUAUGUGCGCACAGUUCCCCUGACAACCAGUGGUAAAGCGGACAAGAGGAAAUUACGUUCGUGGAUGUCGAGGUUGGAGGAAGGCGAAACAGUGCCUGGGGCAUCUAUCAUACAGUUGUAUCCGUCUAAGCAAAUGAACUCAGAGGCACAUAAGGGUAUUUCCCGAGGCCCUGAAAGCCCUACUGAGAUCAUGGUGAAAGAGUCAUGUGCGCAACUAUUAAAGGUUGAUGAAGACACGGUAUCGUUGGAAAUGUCAUUCAUAUCGUCCGGAGGCGAUUCCCUGUUGGCAUUGCAGUUGAAUGCUAGGCUCAGGGAGAAGGGAUUCAAAUGUACCCCUCGGGACAUUGUAGAGGCUCAGAGUCUUGCUGAUCUAGCGAAGAUACUAAACACAUCGAACGAGGCAGUCUCCCAGGUGCCCAUCGCAGACUGGACAUUAGAUCUUGACGAGAUGGUACGUGUCCCGGACACCGACAUUGAGGGCUGGGAGAGGAUAGUGAAAAGUGCCGGCAUCGACCCUGACCAGGUGUGUUGUGUUAUGCCGUGUACACCAUUUCAGGAAGGUGUGCUUUCCAGCAGCGAUGAAAGUGGAGCCUCUGCUGGAUACUUGGCACACAUGACGGUCGGCUUGGGCAAGGAAAUUGAUGUAGAAGCUCUCAAAUAUGCUUGGCAGGAAACAGUCGAUCACGAGGAGAUGUUGCGCACCACGUUCAUCCCUGCUGCUAUGACUGAAGUACCAGGGCCUGGACAGGACAGCUCACUCCUUCAAGUGGUUCUUUGUCCUGAAUCGCCGCAAGCAGGUCGCGUUAAGACAAUGGAGACGGUCAGCACACUUGAGACUCCUAAAGCUACGCUUCCAUCAUACCCAUCUCUAGAGGGAAAGCCUCAGCAGGGCCAUAUUCCAGUCGCUGCCGCCGUUGCCAUCGGGAGCCAGGGAAGCGAAGGGCAGGAAUGCACGCUACUCUUAACAAUGCAUCAUGCAUUGUACGACGAGGCUUAUCUUUCAUUAUUAUUGAAGGAUUUAUCCAGUAGAUACCGAUCAAUCGCAUGCAAUCGGGUAGUUCCUAAAGUGCCAGAGGAACAGCGCAUUCCGUUCUCUACCUAUGUGCGUUUCGUGCACUCUAAGAUAGGUACAGCGCCAUCCUCAUCUGCUGCUGGAAUAUUCUGGAAAGGCUAUUUGGAGGAUGCUAUUCCCAGUACAUGGCCUCUUCCGCACGGGAUGCAAAGCUCCAUCACUUCAGUGAAGAGACCGGAGACGGCAGUACUCGAAUGGACAGGCAACCUUCGAGCUGCAGCUUCCAAAAUCCAAGUUACUGCUGCCGCCAUCGUCCGUGCAGCAUUAGCACUAACUGUCGGUGAACACGCUAAUGUUACUGAUGUGGUACUCGGUGAGGUUUCCAAGGGCAGACCUGAUAUUCGCAGCCACGGCGACGCGACAGCGAAGUUCAUUACAGGGCCAUGUGCAACCACUCAUCCAGUUCGAAUUCGAUUAGCCGAUGAAGGGGGUUCCAAGAGGCGUACGACGCUGCAGCUCUUGCGCGAGUCUUUCACAUCUUAUAUGGAAACGCUCCCCCACCAGUUCUAUGGGCUUUCACGGAUUAGAGAGCAAUCUUGCCGCGUAGAUCUACUUCCGUUCCAAGUUCUAUUUGUCUACCAGGAUGCCUUUCGCCAGAAGGAAGGACUCGCUGGAGAUGACGCCUUCCAAAUAUGGGGGGGUAAUUUGGGGCAAAUGGGCUUCCCCAUUGUUGUUGAAUGUUCGUGUCUCUCUGGGGAUUCAGGGGUUCUGUUCCACUGCACCUAUGCGCCAGACGUGAUCGACAAGCAUAGCAUUGAAUGGUUCCUACAUCAUGUUUCUCAAUCCAUUGAUGCGCUCGUACAAGUGGACCCGACUAGGAGUGACAGUUUGAGGUUGGCACGAGUCCCUCUCAGCGCCCAGGAGACUAGACAACUAGAGAUAUGGAGCCGCUGUCAUAGAGCAAAGGAAGGCGAAAAUGUUUAUAAUGCUAUUCCCACGGAGAUAUCAUCCAUCACGCACGCCUUCGAUUAUAUUGCGGUGAAUAUGCACGAGAAAGUUGCUUUGCAAUCUGCGCAACAUGAAUAUGUUACUUACGGUGAACUGCAACAGCGAAGCACAACCCUGUCCAUGGUGCUCCAAAGACAUAUAGUCUCAUUGGAUGAUGUCGGUUCACAACAGCCUAUUAUUCCGAUCUGCUUCGAGCGCAGCACAGACAUGGUUGUCGCAAUUCUGGCAAUCCUUAAAGCAGGUGCUGCAUUUGUACCUCUUGAGCCCGGCUACCCAGCAGAGAGACUUAUAAGUAUAGUGAGGGCAACCCGUGUUUCGUUCAUUAUUUGUGGGGAGGAGAACAAAAGCAAUGAGGCCCUGGUUUCGGUGUGCCAAGCAACGAACACCAGCCUCGUUACCCUUGAUGAUCUCAAAUCCAGACCCGCCUCCUCAGCGCACGCAUUUAUCUCACGGCAAUGUAGGAACGAGUCCCGGAUUGCCUAUGUGUUGUUUACCUCGGGAUCGACGGGAACUCCUAAAGGGGUGGUGAUCACCCAUCUCAAUCUACUUGCCUUCAUGCGAUAUAACAACACGGAUGUCCAUGGACGAUGGUAUAACUCUCGGAUGCCUGUGGCCUCUUAUACGUUCGAUGUUUCCAUGGCAGACAUUAUUACGACCCUUUGUUGCGGUGGUAGAGUAGUUCUCGUUCCAGUACAAAAGCUACUCCCAUCUCUAGGCGCCUGGGUCGAAGCUUCGAUCACAUCUCAUAUCUCUCUAACUCCGACAAUUGCUAAUAUGCUCUGGGAGCCUGUCAAGAGCGCUGAAAUAGUAUUUCCGUUCCUCAGCGUUCUAUUGUUGGCUGGUGAGGUGUUCGAUGUACAGCUUAUGAACUAUGUGCCAGAAGAGUGCCGAGUCUGGAAUGGAUAUGGCCCAACUGAAACGUUCUAUGUGACGUUUUAUCGUGUUCCGAAAGCACAUGCUAAGGAGCAAACCUCAGUAUCAAUUGGAUAUGCCUUUGGAGAAAAUGUAAUUCACCUCCUAGGCUUCGAAUCUUACGACCGUGUACCAAUUGGAUGUAUCGGCGAGAUCUGCGUGACGGGACCACAAGUCGCACAGGGAUAUCUUGGCCAGCCAGAGCUGACAGAGCAACAUUUUCAACACGAUGUUCUAAGUCAGGCAUCAGAUGGCCUCCUGUACCGAACAGGCGACAUGGGAAGGUUCCAUUCCGACGGAAAACUAGAAUACCUAGGUCGGUUCGAUCGUCAAAUCAAGAUACGUGGUCAACGUGUGGAGCUUGCAGAGAUUGAGAUGGUGAUUGCACAGCAUAAUUUGGUUGACAGUUGUUCGGUCGUGGUGGUGAACACUCCUAGCAGAGAUAUCCUGGUUGGAUUCUGUGUGAAGGCUUCGAACAAAACCCCCGGCAAGGGGUGGGACGCCAAUACUGCCAUUCAAAUAAAAGCAUGGGUUGCUACUAGGCUUCCAGCUCACAUGGUGCCCUCGUAUCUGUUCCAGUUGGAAGGGGAGCUCCCUUGCGUCCCCAGUGGAAAGGGUCAGGACACCUACAUCGCACCCACGACCGAGAAAGAGAAGGUGAUCUGUGAGAUCUUUGAGGAAACACUGGCCCAACGUGUAAGUGUACUGGACAAUUUUCUCCACCUUGGUGGCCAUUCCAUCCUCGCAAUUCGAGCGGUAUCCAAGAUUAACCAUCGCCUCCAUGCCAACCUUACCUUCAAAGAUGUGUUUGACUUUGCUACCGCUCGGGAUUUGGCGCGACAACUCGAGUCGACAACUACCAAACAGAGAAACUACACUUCAAUUUCCAGACUUCCCCGGGACCAAACGAUGGUCAGGCAGUCAUUUGCUCAGGGCCGACUCUGGUUUUUGGAUCAGUUGCACCCUGGGUCGACUUGGUAUCUGAUGCCCUUUGGUCUACGUAUCCAGGGAGACCUCCAUCUCCAUGCGUUGGAAGCGGCUGUGUCCGCAAUUGAGGAGAGGCAUGAAACAUUGCGGACGACCUUCGAACAUCGUGACGGGCAAAACGUCCAAGUCAUCCAUCCUUUCGCACAUCGUCAGCUAAGGGUUGUUGAGGUCCCGUCUGCAGUGGGCGAAGAGGGUCUGCUUAGCGUCCUGAAAGCAGAGCAAUCCACCCCGUUUGAUCUCCAAGUACAUCCAGGCUGGAGACCACUGGUUCUUCGCCAGAAUAAGAGGUCACAUAUUCUCUCGAUUGUUAUCCAUCACAUUAUUUGUGAUGGUUGGUCUGUCGGAGUACUCCUGAAAGAACUGAGUAUAUUCUAUUCCGCGGCGCUCCACGGCAGCCCCAUCCCUGCUCAGCUGCCACCGCUACCCAUACAAUACCGCGACUUCUCAGCCUGGGAGAGCCAAAAGGGCCAAAAGGUAGAGCAUGAUCGCCAGCUAAAGUAUUGGGUGAAAAAGCUCGCUGGAAGUAAGCCGGCUGAGUUCAUUUGUGAUAAGCGAAGGCCUCAAACACCAUCUAGGCAAGCAAUCUUCGAAGAAGUUCGCAUCGAUGGUGUGGUGUAUGACCAAUUACGCGAAUACUGUAAGCAACAUCAGCUAACACCCUUCAUUGUUCUACUGGCUGUCUUCAGAGCCACCCAUUACCGCCUUACAAGGGAAGCCGAUGCAACUAUCGGCACCCCAAUUGCCAACCGAGGGCGGGAAGAACUCCACAACAUAAUUGGACUCUUCGUCAACGUGCAGUGCAUCCGGCUCAAGGUCGAUGAUCAUCAUACCACGUUUGAAGAUCUUGUCAACCAGGCGAAGUCAACGGCUACCGAGGCUUUUGCCCACCAGGAUAUUCCUUUCGAUCGGAUCGUGUCUGCUCUGCAACCCGACAGAGAAACAACUCAGAACCCCUUAGUUCAGACAGUGUUUGCCGUUCACCCGCAAACACAAGGGAAGGAGGAUCUGGAGGGACUCGUAACAGAACAGAUCCUUCUGUCACGUACUACUCGAUUUGAUCUCGAAUUUCACCUUUUCCAGGAAGAGGAUGGUUUAAGCGGUCAAGUUGUGUUUGCUGAGGAUAUAUUCUUCCCUGAAACUGUUAAAGCGAUGAUUUCUGUGUUUUACACGGUCCUUGAAUGUGGCUUAAACCAACCAAGCACAAGCAUUGCUUCGAUGGCCUUACUGAAUGACACCUCUCUGCAUGACAUGGACGAUCUGCUGAGGAUAAAGCGGAUGAGCUAUCCACGAGAUGCGACUGUAGUCGAUCUAUUUCGCCAGGAAGCACGAUCCCACCCGGACAGCAUCGCUAUCGUGUGUGAAGGAAAGGAGGUCACAUAUGGCGAUCUCGACCGACAGUCGGAUAAUAUCGAACGGUGGCUACGUAGCCUCCAUCUUAAGCAAGAGACGAUCGUCGGGGUGCUUGCAGCGCGAUCCGCUCAGGCAAUCGCCGUCUUUCUCGGAAUAAUGAAGGCAGAUCUUGCGUACCUACCACUAGAUGCUUCCACUCCACAGACUCGGAUUUGCAGUGUCCUGUCGUGUAUAAGUGGAAGAAUAACUGUUAUUGUGGUGGAUGGAGCUCAUGUUGCUGUUCCAGAUGUCAGUUUGGCUCACGUUGAUUUUGUUGCUCUCUCCAGUAUUCUGGAUAGUCAAACAUAUAAAGGAUCAGGCAAUCAGGAUUUUGAAAGAGAAUCUUCAAUAUCCGCUACAAGUCUAGCAUGUGUCCUCUUUACUUCUGGAUCGACGGGGAGGCCCAAGGGAGUCAUGACCGAGCACCGGGCAAUUGUACAACUGGUUAAAGACUUCAACUUUGCCGAAGCCGCAGGAAAGCCUCUAGCUCAUAUGGCUAGUCUAUCCUUUGAUGUGUCUACCUGGGAAAUCUUUAUGCCUCUCCUAAGUGGUGGCGUGGUAGUUUGUGUUGAUGCGAUGACGGUCCUAGACUAUAAGGCCCUGAGCGAUGUGUAUGCCCGCCACCAGGUGCGAGCUGCCAUGUUCACCCCUGCAUUAUUCAAACAGUGUUUGCAUGAUACCCCUUCCAUUGUCAGGAACCUGGAUCUAUUGAUUCUAGGCGGAGAUCGUCUGGAUCCUGAGGAUGUCUUUCAGGCAAAGAAACUGACGCGAGGAGUCAUCUUGAACGGAUACGGACCCACCGAGAACACAGGUGCAAGUACUAUUUACCCAAUUCUAGAUGAGGAGGCAUUCGUAAAUGGCGUGCCUAUUGGGAGACCAAUAGGUAACUCUGGAGCAUAUGUUAUGGAUGAUUUACUCAAUGUCGUCCCCAGCGGUGUAGUUGGGGAGCUUGUUGUCACUGGGGAUGGGUUAGCAAGAGGAUAUACCGACCCCGAGAAGAAUGAAGGUCGCUUUGUACACGUGGUCAUUGGUCAGGAUACAGUCCGGGCAUAUCGGACCGGGGACUAUGCUCGAUGGAGACCGAUUGAUGGGCAGUUGGAGUACUUUGGCCGUCGAGACGACCAGGUCAAAAUCCGCGGCCAUCGGGUGGAAAUGGGCGAGAUUGAACACACCCUCCUCUCCCAUCGCGCAGUACGCAGCGCUGCUGUCGUUAUGAACGGUGUGGGAGCAGAGGCUGACCUAUCAGCCUUUAUAACAUUGCAUCCGAUUCAGGACGAUAUGGCGGAGACUGAACGAGUGGAUGCAUGGAAGAAUGUAUUUGAUACGGAGGCGUAUGACAGCUUCACACAUCAACCCAAUAAACUGGGACGAGAUUUUGUUGGAUGGCUCUCUAUGUACGAUGGAUGCAAUAUUGACCUUACAGACAUGGAUGAGUGGCUAGAUGACACCCUUCAAGCACUGUUAAACGGGCAAGACCCCGGAAAGGUGUUGGAGAUAGGCACUGGUUCUGGAAUGAUCCUCUUCAACAUCACCCAAGGGCUGGAAGAGUACGUUGGCAUUGAGCUGGUACCAAAGCUCGCUCAUAUGGUGGAGCAAGUGGCCAACGUCGACGAAAGAUUGGCAGGGAGAGUGAAGGUCCAUGCAGGGGUGGCUGACCGUAUCGAGGAUUUCAUCCAUGGGUUCAUCCCCGACCUGGUCAUUAUCAAUUCCGUCGCGCAAUACUUUCCAAGCGCAGGCUAUCUCUCUGAGAUUAUUCUGAAGCUUAUUCGGUUGCAGGGUGUGAAGACAUUAUUCUUUGGUGAUAUCCGGUCCUACCCUCUGUAUGACGAGUUCCUAGUCUCGAAGGCCUUGCACAACGCCGGCGCGAAAGCCACACAGGAUCAAAUCCGGAAAUGCAUAGAAGAAUCCAAAGCAGCAGAGACGGAGUUGCUUGUGGAUCCUGGACUCUUCACCUCCUUGACGAGUCAAUUCCCAGAUCGGGUAGAUCACGUUGAGAUUCUCCCCAAGCUGAUGAGUGCCAAAAACGAACUCAGCUGCUACCGCUUCUCUGCCGUCAUUCACCUUAAACAUGCUACAGUAGCGCCGCGAAUCACCCACCAGGUCGAAAAGAGCAACUGGAUCGAUUAUACGGCGCGGUCUCUCAAUUCCCGAAGUUUGUUGGAGCACCUGAGAAGUUCGCGCGACAACACCAUAAUAGCAGUGGAAAAUAUACCAAAUCGCAGGACGAUCCUCGAAAGGUAUAUAGUGGACGCCCUCAGAGAAAAGGUCCCUUCUCGCUCUUUGGACACUAGCAGUCACUGGCAGGUUUGUCACCGUAACCGAGCAGCACAAAGCGCGGCCUUGCUGCCGGGAGAUCUGGUUGCCAUAGCGAACCAGGCAGGAUUCCAGGUAGACAUUAGCUGGGCUCGGCAAAGCUCACAGCGCGGGGCAUUUGAUGCAAUCUUCCACCGACUGGGGUCAAACUGUGGACAGCAGCGGGUGCUGUUCAACUUCCCUGUCGAUCAUCAGUGUCGGGACGUACACUCCUUCACAAACCAUCCAGUUCAAGGCCAACAAGAUCAACAAUGCAUAUAUGAGCUCAAAGAGUCAUUGCGUGCGCAUCUUCCAGCCUACAUGAUUCCACGCACGAUUACAAUUCUCGAUCAGCUGCCACUGACGGAUCGCGGCAAGGUCGACCGCCAGACCCUUCGCCAGAGAAUCAUAGAACAAGAACCAGUAGCUACUGAAUCCGAGUCGAGUGCAAACAGGGCAACGGUAGAGUAUGAAAGUGAAAUGGAGCGAAUCAUUUCCCAUGUUUUUGCUGAGGUAUUGGGCUUGCAAUCGGUUGAUAGAGAAAGCAGCUUCUUUAGCCUGGGGGGUCAUUCUCUUUUGGCUCCCCGCCUGGCGUCUCGUCUAUCAAAACGCCUGGAUUGUAUUGCAACUGUUAGAGAUCUCUUCGACUGCCCAACGCCUACGAGAUUGGCCGACCGGUUACUAUCAAAACAAACCCAUAGUGAUAGAGAAGCCGACGCCGCUAUCGACGAUGAGACACAACAUUUUGCAUUGGACAAGGUGAAGUAUCAUGAUGCUCUUCGCGAUUGGGGUGUUCAGUCAAGUGAAAUAAGCCACUUGAUGCCUUGCACUCCGUUUCAAGAGGGAGUUUUGUCUAACUCUCUAACUGUACCAGGAGACUCCGGCUAUCUGAGUGUCGUAAGGUUAGGACUACAGAUGCAACUUGACGUAGAAGCAAUACGGCUCGCAUGGCAGAAAGUGGUUGAGCGCGAAGAGACACUCCGCACUGCUUUCAUACCAGUUGCUGAGGAUCUCUCUUCGUCAUGCAUUACCUCCAGCACGUUUUGGCAAUGCACCUUCAAAGUUAGCUCCCGCGAGGUUCACCGGCUUUUGUAUAUUGACAGGCGAAAUUGCGACGUCGACCGCUCUGCUUUAGGUUUUGGCCAUAUCCCAGUAUCGUUGGCAUUGAUAGAUGUACCGACCGUGUGCAAGGCAAGGGAGAGGGGCUCAACUCAACUUGAACUCACCAUACAUCACGCUCUAUAUGACGAAGCAUACUUCCGAUGGAUUAUUCAUGAACUCUCCCGAGAGUAUCAUAAAGCUCGGCUCGCGAAAGACUACGUACCCGAGUGGGCUCCUGACACAUCGGCGAACAGGAUCCCUUUUAGCAUAUUUGUUUCUCAGCUGCAAGCAAUGCCAAAAGAGAGUGCAACCUCAUUUUGGAAAGGGUAUCUGAACGGGGCCCCUGCCGCAUGCUGGCCGGUUGCGAGAGGAUUGGAGAGUGGUCGAAUAACAGAAAUAGACGAGUUCUCGAGCCGGUCCUUGACAUGGAAGAGAAACAUGCAUGCUUUAGCUGGAGCAAGAGGAGUCACCCCUGCCGCGAUCUCUAGGGCUGCAGUGGCUCUUGUCGUGGCAGAGCAUAGUGGUGUUGAAGACAUCGUUCUUGGAGAGGUGUCUAGUGGACGAUCUAUCACUGAUGGCGCUACUGGGUUCGUAGCCGGACCUUGCAUCUCAACACACCCCAUCAGGAUACGUAUACAACAAAGGCAAGGGUCAAGAAGCAGUCACCAGAGAUUGUCGUUUGACCAGUUGGUCAAACACUCGCUGGAUUCUUACUUGGAGACAGUACCCUACCACCAGCUGGGUUUACCCAGUAUCCGACGGGAGUCAGAUGCUCCAGAUCUUCUGCCGUUUCAGGUGCUGUUUGUUUAUCAGCAGGCGUUUGGUUUUGAAACGGACUCUCGGGAAGAAGCUUCAGAUAAUUUCAAGGCCCAAGGGGGGCAUCUUGGUCGGUUUGAAUUUCCUGUCGUGCUACAAGCAUCAUGCCAUCCAGUCACAGGCCACCUAAGCCUCCAGUGCAUAUUUGAUCCGACAGUUCUAAUUCCAGAGGACAUUGAGUGGUUCCUCGAACACAUAUCACAGGUUCUGAGUUCCAUUGCUGACAGUCCCUCUCAGCCCAAUGCCAGGUUAACUGUUAGUGAGGCUGAAGAGGCAGCGCUAAUAAAGUUCGCGUCCGAGAGCGACCAAACCCCAGAUCUACCGCUGGGUACUACUAGCGAAUCUCUGUGCGCUCAUGAUCUGAUAUCGCGACAAGCCAUGGAGAACCCUUGCAAGAUAGCUGUGCAGUAUGAACUUUCCCAGUUCAUGACAUACGGGGAGCUCGACAGGGAGAGCACCAAGCUAUCUAUUGUGAUCCGCGCAUUUUUCAAUCAUCUUUCGAAGUCAGAGUGUCCUGAACAACCCCUAGUUCCAAUUUCCUUCGACAAGGGGCUUGACAUGGUAGUGACUAUGUUGGCUGUUCUAAAAGCUGGGGCUGCUUAUAUUCCACUUGAUGUUUCCCAUUCAGAGCAACGUUUAACAAUGAUCUGUCAAUCCACGCAGGCCAAGCUUAUCCUUUGGGAUGGCCAGAAAGGAUUUGACAAGCUGCAUGCCAUUGGGCACUCUUCAGGCGCCACCGUCUCAACCCUGAACGAGCUUUUCGACGCAGCGGACGGUUGGGGAAGCACUUCCCGAUCCGGGAAAAAGCCCACUCCAUCCUCCCUAGCUUAUAUUAUUUACACUUCUGGCUCCACGGGCGUGCCUAAAGGCGUGAUGGUCAAUCACGCAAAUUUGGUAUCUUUUAUGAGAUCCGCAACAAGUGAGACAUACAUGUCCUGGACCGUGAACAGACUUCAGAUCGCUGCAUUUACAUUCGAUAUGUCUGUCAGCGAUAUCUUCCCCGUACUAGCCGUAGGGGGGCGCGUCUUACUCGCACGACAACAGUCCCUCUGGAGUGAUCUUGCUGGAUGGGUGGAUACCUUUGCGGUAAAUCAACUUAUGACAACCCCCACGGUGGCAGAUAUGAUGCUUUCCAGCGCAUGGUCCGACGGAUUCCGGUUAGCGCACUUGCGUGAUGUGAUAUUAGCAGGUGAGGCGGUAAAGAGCGACAUUCUGGAAAAAGCACCAGCAGAAACGGUUUUCUAUAUACAGUACGGUCCAACUGAAACGACCGUUGUUGUGACUGGAUGUAUGCUUCGAGGGCCCCCAUAUCAUCAACCUGUUCCACAUUCCCAGAUUACCAUGAUCGGAUUUCCUCUUCAUGGCUGUCGCGUCUACAUCCUACAGCCAGGUACAUCCAACCGAGUUCCAAUUGGAGUACCUGGUGAAUUAUGCAUCAGUGGACCACAGGUGACUGUGGGAUACCGGGGUGGCGGCGAUUCUUCCGAAAGCCCAUUUGUCCCAGACCCCUUCUGGGCCGGGCAAACAAUGUAUAGGUCUCACGAUAUUGCCAAGGUCCACGGGGAUGGGAUGAUUGAGUGGAUUGGGCGGAUGGAUUCGCAGGUCAAACUGCGAGGCCUGCGUAUUGACUUGGGCGAGAUUGAGUCCGCAGCCAGGCAGCUCAACGGUGUCCAGUCGUGUGCCGUCGUCAAAAUGGAGCUGGAAAACAAGGAAACAUUGAUUGCAUUUAUCGAGGUGUCAAACUCUCACCAAACACACAUUACCCCUGUCACCAUCCAGCAACAUAUUGCACAAAACGUCCCGGCCUACAUGGUCCCUGCGCACGUUCAACUGCUCGACACACCGCUUCCUCGUACAGCCUCUGAUAAGCUGGAUCGGAAGGGAGUCCAUGUCCUAGCGCAACAGCUUGUGGAUAAAGGAGAUCUACUGUCCUUCGGCAUCAGCCGGAUACAGCCAGCUGAUCUUCGCCCAUCCCCAGGUACUCUAGAAGCAACGCUCGCCUCGUAUUGGGCUACUAUUUUGGCAGUCGACCAGUUGGCCAUUAGUCUGGAGACACCUUUCUCUCACUUAGGGGGGGAUUCCGUGCGCGCCAUCAGCCUACUCGCGCUACUACGGCGUAACAACUUCCGGCUCAAUUUGACAGACUUGGGCUCCUUUUCGACCAUUCGAUCGCAGGCAUCCAGAAUCCUGUGUGACGUGCAACCGCAAAAGCUCCCUGCUUACAUGCAGUUGACCACACGCAGCAGCAGUCGGGCGAUGAUGGUUUUGAUCCAUCCCUUUUUUGGUCAGUCCAGCGUGUUUGACCAUGUAGUGCCGGCUCUAAGCAAGCAGUAUGAUAUCGUGCAAGUUUCUGAUCCUUUCUUUGGAAAACCUGAUGGCCCCGCAUCUCUGCGCGACUGGGCCGCACAUUACUUGGAAGCGCUUCACACCCACUUCAAACAGGACCGACCCGUCGUUUUGCUUGGGUAUUCUUUUGGCGGCCUGUUGGUCUUGGAAAUGGCUCGAUUGCUGGAAAUUACUGGAAAAGGAUCACCCUUCUCUACAAUCAUAGUUGACACGCGUUGCUAUAAUCCAGACCAGCCAUUUUUCAAGGACGAGGAAGAGAGACAGACAGCUGCUGACGAUGCCGCUCGCCUCUUUGGCUCCGGCCAAACAAGAAUGAUUGAGGAACACUUUGAUAAGCAUGCCCAUAUAUGGGAGAAUUCUGCAUGCCCGGACCACUACCUCGGCCGUUCACUCUACCUAGCCACUCCGGAAGCCGUGGAGUCAGGUAUUGUAGAUUGGUGGCAGAGUCAGUGUCCACAUAUUGAGGUUCAGCGAGUGGAAUGCUCGCACGGAGAGAUCUUUGAACCUGCGAUGACUGGUCGCGUAAGUGCAUUGAUAAAUGAGCAUUGCGACCUAGAUUUCACGCGCAUUGAGCCUUAG